AGUUCAUCGAAUUAGAUUGCGGGCGCACGUUUCAGCGACAGCCUCGAGCAACAGCAUAAACUAUGGCCACCAGCAGACGCCCACAGCAUAUCCUGGAGUUAAGCAGUGAGCAGCAACGUCGCUUUCUGGAUUCGUUUGAUCAUGUUUAUAGCGACAUCGAUGGCGUUGUGUACAGCAUGGAGACCAAUGUGCCCAAUGGCAGCCAGGCGUAUAAGGCACUGGAAAGUGCCGGCAAACAGAUCACAUUUGUCACCAACAACAGCGUGCGCACCGUGAAUGGGACUGUGAAGCGUCUUGGCCAGGCCAAUUUGCAAGUGCAGCCACAUCAGAUCUGGCAUCCGGCCCAGACGCUCGUCUACUAUCUGCAGAGCAUUAAGUUCGACGGUCUCAUCUACACAAUGGCAUCGCCGCAAUUCAAGACGGUGCUGCGGAACGCUGGCUAUCAGCUGAUCGAUGGGCCCAAUCACUUCAUUGAGGACACCUAUGAGGAUCUUCUGCUUCACAUUUUCGACAAGCAGCCCGUGAAGGCGGUCGUCAUUGAUUUGGACUUUAAUAUGACAGCGACGAAACUGCUGCGAGCCCAGUUUUAUUUACGUCAACCCGAUUGCUUGUUCCUGAUCGGUGCCACCGAUCGUCUGUUGCCCAUUGGCAAGGGUAUAAAACUGAUUGGGCCCGGCAACUUCGCCUCCAUUCUGGUCGAAGCGAGCGGCAAGGAGGCAACAGUUAUGGGCAAACCGGGACGUGUAUUGGGCGAUAUGCUCAAUCGGAAGCACAAUGUCAGCGAUCCAUCGCGGGUCCUAAUGAUUGGCGAUAUGCUCGCCCAGGAUGUGCACUUUGGUCAGCUAUGCGGAUUCCAGACGUUGCUCGUUCUAUCCGGCGGCUGCACGCUCGACCAGCUCCACGCGGAGACCUGUCCUCAACAUCUGCCCAACUACUAUGCCGACAGCGUGGCCGAUUUUAUUCAACUCUUCGCCAAUGUCGCAACCAAAGCGCAUUUUUAACGACGACCGCAACAUGUACAUAUAACAUAUAAUAUACAAUUAUGUAUAUACAUAUAUCCAUAAAUUUAUAUACACAUAUUAUUUGUACUAUAUAUACAUAAAUACAUGCAAACAUACAGCUCAA